AUGGCCAAAGAAGGCGCGGAGAAAGCGGAGGAGACGGAGCAGAUGAUCGCCAAGGAGGGCGGGCCCGAGGCAGCCCAGGGCGGUGGCGGCGGAGGCGGCAGCCCUCGGGCCGCGGACACCAAGGAGAUGCGUGCAGUGCUGUUGGCCGGCUUCGGCGGGCUCAGCAAGCUGAGGGUUAGCCGGAGGCCCAUGCCCGAGCCCCAGGAGGCCGAGCUCAAGAUCCGCGUCAAAGCCUGUGGUUUAAACUUUAUUGAUCUGAUGGUGAGACAAGGGAAUAUUGACAACCCUCCCAAGACACCCUUGGUCCCUGGAUUUGAGUGCUCUGGGAUUGUGGAAGCCCUUGGAGACAAUGUGAAAGGCUAUGAGAUCGGAGACCGUGUCAUGGCAUUUGUGAAUUACAACGCAUGGGCAGAGGUUGUUUGUACACCAGUAGAGUUUGUCUACAGGAUCCCAGAUGACAUGAAUUUCCCUGAGGCUGCUGCCUUCCCCAUGAACUUUGUUACUGCCUACAUGAUGCUUUUUGAGGUUGCCAACCUGCGAGAAGGAAUGUCAGUGCUAGUGCACUCCGCUGGAGGUGGCGUGGGCCAGGCUGUUGCUCAGCUCUGCUCAACUAUCCCCAACGUCACAGUCUUUGGAACUGCUUCUUCCUUCAAGCAUGAAGCCAUCAAAGAUUCAGUCACCCACCUCUUUGACAGAAAUGCUGACUACGUGCAGGAGGUUAAAAGAAUCUCUCCAGAAGGCGUAGAUAUUGUCUUGGACUGUCUAUGUGGAGAAAACACAGGAAAAGGUCUCAGUCUUCUGAAACCUCUGGGAACAUAUAUUUUAUAUGGGUCAUCAAACACCGUGACAGGGGAGACCAAGAGCUUCUUCAGCUUUGCAAAAUCAUGGUGGCAGGUCGAGAAGGUGAAUCCCAUUAAGCUGUAUGAGGAGAACAAAGUCAUUGCUGGAUUUUCGCUCCUCAAUCUCCUUUUCAAACAGGGCAGAGGAGGCCUGAUUAAAGGUAUAAUGGACAAACUCAUAGCCCUGUACAACGAGAAGAAGAUCAAACCCAUGGUUGACUCAUUAUGGGCUCUGGAAGAGGUGAAGGAGGCCAUGCAGAGAAUUCAUGACAGGGGCAACAUAGGAAAAUUAAUUUUGGAUGUAGAAAAGGCCCCGACUCCCUUGAUGGCCAAUGACAGCACAGAAACGAGUGAGGCUGGAGAAGAGGAGGAGGACCACGAGGGAGACAGUGACAACAAGGAGCGGAUGCCCUUCAUCCAGUAAUGGUCCCCAUGCCCAGUGAAAGGAGGGAAGAUACGAUUGGAGGAAGGGGACCAGACUGGGGAAUCUAUUCUGUGCGCCAGUGAACAAAUGCCGUAGUGCCGUGUGUGUUGUGUUUGUCUGCAGUCCGCCAAGCUAUAAAGCUGUCGAUUGUUGUUUUUUGAACUUCAGUGCCCACCCCGCCCUGCUCAGUAUCGCAUCUCGGCAUUGAUGUGAUGUGCCAUUCCUCUUCCUUGUGUGAGUGAGGUCCGCCUAUUGUGGUUCCCUCUCAGUAUUCCUAGAACAGCCUUGUAAAUUAGGAUGAGUCCACAGGCCCAACACCUAAAAGAUAUUCCUGCUUCAGGGAGGGGUUGGACUCCAGGAUCCCUUCCAGCUCUUAAGAUUGAAUUUUAUGCCAGGCAGUGAACGUGGUAGAGUUUGAAGAAAAGGUGAAGCAUUUGAUCAAGUCUUAGAAUUCUUCAGACCAGUCCUGCUACUCACUGCCUCCAAUCAUACUAUUGCUCUGACUUUAGGAUAUGGAGACCAGAUUGGCUCAAGUAAGGCAGACCAGAAAUAAGUUUCAUGGAUUAGUGGCCUCUUGGAACCAUGCCAGUGGGGUAUCCCACCACUCCUCCUUUACCUAACUACUGGGCCUCUUUCUCAUGUUUAUUAAGUCAUUUCACAGUCCUUUCUUUGAAACCUCCUCCAAAUCUUUGUUUGUAGCUCUUUCCAGGAUGUAAGGAAAAGGUCUACAAUCUAUGGGUUUUCAGAAAAGAUGGUGUAAAUGGCAUUGUUUGAGAAAACAGGAGGGGUAGGAUAGUGACAGGUGUUGUCUGAAGGUACCUUUCAUCUCUAACAAAGUGUUCUUCCCAAAUACCACAUUUUUAAUCCAUGAAACUAUGUCACAAAGUGUGGCAGGUGGGAAGCCCAAAUUAAUUCCAAGAGGCUAUAAGUACACUAGGAUUUUUGCACGUUCACCGUCAGAAGGCCAAACUGAGAUGUAUUUAAGCCACUUUCAGUAUUGAUCCCCUAAGGACCAGAAGCUUGCAGAUCUUGUGUGAAAAAGUCAGCGGGCGUCUUUCCUUUUCCAGAGCUUGUGCCAACCUUAAACAUUUGGUGAUGAUCCAAAAGGUUAAUUUUCAUUGGCUAAAGCCAAACACAAAAGUCGCCGGAUCUUUUUUGAUGCGCAGUGUUCCCAGAGAGCCACCAUUUCAGAGACCCUUUGGAAUGACUUGCCCUUCUUCAAUUCUUCAGUAUUUCAAACAAUCUGCAAUUUCAUCUGUUUAGGUGCUUCCUUCACUUAUGCAGAUCUCAGCCCCUCCCUGCCUUAGUAGAUGUUCUUUACGAAUGGCUAUGGCCAAAAACAUUCGUCCCAUCGUGACCAACCCUUGGUGAUGAGCCUUCCCAUACACACAGCUAGGCUGGCCCCAAGGUGACAGACACAGUCUGGCGCUGGAAGCAAAUAGCUGGAAUGACCUAAAUCCCUUUGAAAUCAGCAUCCAUAUACCUCUGAGAAUAUUAAACAUGACUUCCCUUAACCCUUUUGUAAGAAAUGGCUAACACAGCUACCUCCCAAGGAUGGGUAGAAUCCCCAGGCCUUAGACAGAAGCACUUCAGACUUAUUGUCUCCACUGAGUGGCUCCACGAACAGGCUCUCUUCACCGUGGACAAACAUAGGACUACCCCAACCUCCAAACAAAAUAAGAAACGGGGAGAGGCUGGCAUGGUCUGUUGCCUCAGCUCACUUUCUAUUCCUGGGAAAUGGAAGGAUUCCUGGGGCCCCAUUUCUCUCACAAACUGAGGACCCUAGUUCUCCCACAGAGCUCCAGGGCAGUCGUGAUGGAUAUUUAUUCCAACACUCCUCCAUGUGAUGGGACUGAAGGAGUCUUUUAUAAAUUGUUUACACAUUUCCUAAGAUACCCUCAUUUCUUCUCCACUGAAGUAGCAUAUUGGAAACCUCAGAAAUUGUGCUCCUUUAGCAGCAUUAGGCUUGGGGAGUGGGGAGGGGAGGAGCAGAGGGCAGCUGUGAAGAUGCCUCAUUGUGCCAAACCUAAGCCAGAAAUGAGUUUCCCUUGGUUGUGUACGUGGUGUAAGUAAUAGAAUACGUUUAGAGGAGGGGAGCAAUAAACUACCCUUGGAAGUUUACCAAAAGGCAGUUUUCCAUGGAAGAUGAAAACAUUUCCUAGUUAAUGCUGACAGAAUUUUCUCUUUUCCAUGUCAGGAGCUAAGUAUAUUCCAUCGCAGUGCCAUUUCGAGAUAUAGGCAGCGUACUGUAGGGGUGUAUAUAUUACAGCAGUAACAACUUUUGUCAGGUUUUACUGUGGGCUUUGUCCCAUUCUGUAGUUGUGUCUUGUUGAUUUGUCUUACCUCUCCAGAAACACAUCCAAAAAGGAGGCAGAGAGGAACCUCAACAGAGCUACGUACCCUAUGUCUCUGAGAGGUACUAGAAAAGCCUCUGCCAGCUGGAGUAAGUCGGGUGGUAGUGGGACGGCCCAGUUGGAAUGGCAAGGGGAAAGUCUUGAAACUCAGCUCUGUUUAGAAAUGAAAUGGUCUUUGGGAUCUCAGUGACUGGGCAGAGGAAGAUAGGUGCCCAUGCUCUCCAGCUCUUCCUGGUGCUGUAAAAUGGGGCCAGUGCAACUAUCUACCAUCGUACAAGUCAAAAACAAGAAGGCCAGUGCUGCCCCCAGACACUGCCUACAGGCACCAAAGAUGGUACCAGUGGAAAACACGCACGAUCAGGACACCCGUCACGACCAAGCCACAGCUGAUCCCAGGGGCGGGAGGGA